UUUUGUGGGCCGUACGCAUACAAAUCAAUGGCAGAUAGGAUACAUGCGUACGCGCACUUGUCCUCGCCAAACAAAACAGGCUCUUCCUCUCGCUUUUGAAGAGCCUCGGUGGUGGUCGCGAGUGCAGCCGCCGCGCCAGUCUGCGGCCGAACAUUGCGGCGCGCGCGCAUUCGACGUCAUUGAAUUUUCACACGCGUUGCUAUGACAACCGCGUAAACAAAUCGAAACCGUAUUCAAAACACUGGACUUUGUUGUGUUGUGAUCAAGUUUUUUUUGUAUGUUAUUGAUAAAUUUGAAUUAAAAAAAAAAAUUAAAAGAGAUUCAAAAUGGAAAAGGAGAAAAUAGUAUUCAAGGGUUCUCAUCCGGACAGCCUGUAUAGAGUGCCGGUAGACGAUGAUGUCGGCUCCAGCAAGCUGGUGAGGGUGCUGCGUAUGUUACGAUGGCCAGUAGCGCUGCUGCUCGUGUGCGUCGCUCUGGCUGUCUUUGUUUACUUCCUCAUGCCAGACAACUUGGAGUCUGACCUCGACAGAGUGAACUCUACGUAUUGGAUGUCGGACCCCAUAGCUGUGGAGGCGGUACAUUAUGAUGGACCUCAGGAAACCAAGGCGCCAAGCACGAGAGCACCUCUGGGCAAGAAAGAUAAGCAGCAAACUACGACGCCAAAUCGUACUCGUACUGGACCAAAGAUAUCGGAAAUAGAUUUCUACGAUCCAGUCAAUGAUAAAAAUGAAGUUACUUCAACAGCUACGUCCGGGCAAGGAGUUCCGACGAGGAAGUUACCUGUUCCUCCGGUAUUUCCCAGCCAUAUCACGCCAGAGGUACAAUAUGGCAAUGAGAGAGCUGACAUUGACAAGUUAAGGACUCCAAAAGUAUUAGAUGAAAAGAACUUGCUACCCGAAGACUCAACACUAAAACCACAUAUAACACAUAAACCUGAAAAGCCUUUAGCAAUCUCGUUUAGAGAUGCAAUUGCUAUUGCAAAUCCAAGUACGGAAACCAUAUUCAAAGCAGAAACUAACAAUGAUCUGAUUAAUUAUGGAGAAAAGUACACAACUAUUGUCGAUGAAGUACCUGUAAAGUCGCAUCCACCGAUUCAAAAGGAUCAUCGGCCGUUAAACAUACAAGAAUAUAUAAACAAUAUUAAUAAUAAGCAAAAUCAAGUAGUCAGAGAACCAGAAGCUGAGGAAUACUACGGCCAGCAACCGGUGAACUUUGACGUCAAUUUCACUUCAGGUCAUUCCAAAAUUUUCGGCCUUUCCAUCGAAGAUGUAGGGAAGAUGAGAACGACUACUCAGAGCUCAACAUACAAUACCCGGGUGUCGCCUACAUUACCCACAUGGAAAAACAGAGACGACACUACCACUAAAAAGUAUCCUGUUAACGUAAACUUAGAAGUGCCACAUUGCCGCUCGACGCGCCUGGCGCUCUGCCGCGGGAUCCUACCCUAUGACUUGGCCGGACCUCCCGUCAGCAUCAAUGGCGUAGAAGCGACUGUGCUGAUGCCGCAGCUAGAGUAUCUGGCUGCGACCAACUGCAGCGAACGCGUCAGCCAGUUCGCCUGCGCGCUGCUCGAGCCUGAAUGCAGUCCGGUCUCGAGCCCCGGACAGAUGCCUUGUCAGAACUUAUGCAAAUCCAUCGUGGACAGUUGCGAAGGUUUGAUUCCACAAGAGCUAGGGUCAAUGUUUGACUGCGAACAAUACAGCAAUAGCCAAUGCAUUGCUGCCAGGGCUCCAUGCUCCAUGCGGGAGUUCCCCUGCGGAGACGGGACUUGCAGACUGCGGGACUGGGUGUGUGAUGGAAACCAGGACUGCCCCAAUGGAGAGGACGAGGCCGCGUGCACUCUGUGCGCCUUGUCGGAGUUUCGCUGUAGUUCUGGCGGCUGCAUCCUCAAGCGGUGGCUGUGCGACGGGUACUUUGACUGCCCGGGUGGAGAAGACGAGUCAAACGAUAUGUGCGAGAACAGAAGGCGAGGGGGUGCGGCAGUGGGAGGAGGGCGCAGGGUGGCGGUGGCAGGGGACGGGCGGGAUGUUCGCGAACCGGGUGAACAGGGCGAAGGAUCGGCGCCCGCGCCUACUGUACGCCGUCUUAGCAGGAUGCCAGAGCUGCAACAAACUGGAGACAAUGACAGCAGCAAGGAAUUACUAAUCACCAGCGACAGUAGCAACGCUUUGAAGAGAAACUUUACUCGCAGACCCUCUCCCUCUCGACUGACGCCGUAUUCCCGGCCCAUGAUGAAAUCUACAACCACAGAAAAACCCAGCAAACCUGCUGACGAUGGUAUGAAUGAUAUUCAGAAGACUUCUGAUAGAAUAAGCCAACGAAAUAAGACAUCUACGAAAAAAACAAAUGACAAUGAGUCAGGAGAAGACGUAAAUAUGGGUGAUCUAUUUUUCGAAGAGUUUCAAGCUGAUAAAGAAGACAAGGGAUCACAGAAAUCUCCAGAGAUUAGCCAAUAUGAGCCGAAAAUGCCAUCAGCGAAGGUGAGAGCGCCUCGUCCGCAAGAAGAGGUGUCUACUUAUAUCGACAAAUCUAAGAAUAAGCUUGACAGAGUCAUAGAUGGCGCUGCUUUGAUGAAGAAAGUGGCUAAAGAUGAAGAAACUGAGGUAGUUCCCGCGUCUCUGGAAAUGAACAGCACCAUAACGGACAAACCUGACGAGCUCCCGACUCUACCAGACGCGCCAGAGUUCAUGGGCUCCAUCCACCGCGCUUCCCCUUGUCCCAGCGGGGAACUGCGAUGCGUGGAUGGAAGGUGCAUCACCCUGGAACAACUCUGUGAUGGCACCAUUGACUGCUCGGAUCAUGCCGAUGAGGACAAUUGCUACACAUGAUUAUACAAUGUGCAUGAACCGAGUGUUAUCUGAUCUUAUGAGUGAAAUGAAUGAGUUUGAGGUAGGACACAAAAUAACAGACAUUUUGGGCUUAAUAAGAAAUAAAAAUGAAACUUACUUACCUGUUUAUUAUUUUAUUUUUUUGGAUUAUCGAGGCUGAAUGUUUAAAUCGAUUUUAGGAUUUAUUGCGUGUAAAAUAUAUUUUUUGUUUUAUUGGAACCUCCGCGGAAAAAGCUAGAGUUACUGUCGCCAUUAAGCUGACAACGAUUAUAAUUUGUCAGUUAUUAAACUCAUUUUAUUUGAACGAAUUUCCGGUAGAUAUAGUACUUGUAGUCUUAGUACUUGUAGAAUGUUAUUAUGAAAAUAUAAUAUGUAUUAUUAGGAAUAUUUUAAUUUAAUGUAAUUAAUGUUUACCCUGUGAUAAAGCAACGCAUGAUUUUAUAUCCGUCCGUACUUACUACCUAUGCCUAUAUAUACCUUUAUACCUAUUAUAGUAAGUAUUUUUCACUAUAUCUUUUUUAUAAAUAGAGUAUUUAAGUAUUCUUAGGUAAAAUGUUUUGGACAAUUAAUAACUGAUUUAUAUAUUUAUUCGAUUUUUAUUUGCCACUAGACUUCUUUGAAAAG